GGGCGAUUCGCUUUCUUCGGUCUGAUAAUUACACAGUGCUAUUUUCUAUCUGCUUAUCUCGCGAAUUAUGAAGGUACAUCCAAUUGGUAUCUCAUGGUCUUUUCCUUUGGCCCAGCAGUUUUUGUUUGGAUUUUUUUUCUAUUUUUCGAUGCGCUGUACCUUGGCUGCCUCUUUCAAAUUUGGGGCCUGUACAUUGUGGCUUUGGUUGUAAACAUCGCAAUGGUAUUUGGAAAAGUCGGAGAUAGAAUCGACAAGACCGAGUUUUUAGGACCAACUGUAUUGGAGAUGGUUCUGUGCAUUACACCACUUCUGCUACUACUGUUGCUAAACACAGGCGAUCUCGAUGAUUCAGACGACGAAGAAAGAGAGAUUGUUUCCAAGUUGUGUUUGCCCAUGGCCGUCGAUCUGUUCGAUGGAAUCGAGAUGAUAGAUAUCGUGUUAGAAGAAAGAGAGCACGACUUUGGAAUACCCAAGGCUUUCAGUACAGCAAUGAUCGUGUUUGCUUGCCUCAGUAUAUUGGCAUCUCCUUGGCAAAUGGAAGAAAUCAAACGUACCAAAGAGGGGCCGGAAAUUCGUGUCUGUACCGCAUUAUGCCGCAAUAUUGUUCAAAUAGUUUUAGUAAAUCUACCAUUCUUGGUUAUUCGUGCGGUGGUGUUCUUUAAGUUUGGCAAAGACGAGUCCAUCUUCAUUGCCAAGAAUGGCAUAGCAAUAAUACUUUCCAUCAUGGAAAUUUGUAAUCUACUCCGUUUACGUCGGGUUAGACAAGAAGACCAAAUAGUAUAG